ACAAACGCGACAUUGCCGAGCGGAAACCGGAAAAAGAAAGAACUUUCGGGGUGGGAAAACAGGGAAAAUAGCAGCGAACAUAUAGAACACACACAGAAACAAUGACCAGUUGUGCCCCGGUGAUCGUGUGGAACGGUGCUCAGUUUACGGCCAGCAGCAGGGAACUGGAGCAGCUGCGUCGGGACUACGGUCUGGAUGCCCGGAUGUUGGAGGCCACAUUGGUGCCGCGAUACAAGCGCCACAGGCCGCAGGCGGCGGCGAGGAACGAUCACGUGAGGGUCACCAAGGAGCAGGAGGCGAGGCAAUCGGAUUGGAUACUCCGGCAGGAUCGCAGCACGAACGUCAGCCAGGUGAACUUCCAUCCGGCGAAGGGCGGAGCCCAUUUCGAUCUGGUUCCCUGGCGGAGGACGCGUUCCGCCUUGGAUCUCACCUCGGUGGCGGACUACAAUUAUCACGGUCAGGUGGAUCCCAAGUCGCUAAAGGGCCUGGAGAAGCUGGAGCUGCGCCAGCAGCGUCGGAGGCUACAGCACGCGGCGAGGUCAACGCACCAGGGACUCCGGCGACUGGUGCGCGUGCGCCUGAUCUUCUCCAUCGAGCUGCGGCACAAGAGGAUGGAGGUGCUAAGGAAGAGCUCUCUGCCCCUGCGGGUCUUCGAGCAGCGGUUUGCUUUGUCCGAGAACGAGAGUGCCGCCUACGAGCGCAUCCUAAUGGACGCCAGUGCCGGUGUGGAUCAGCAUGUGGGCUACUUCAGCCGGAGGCAAAUGGCCACUGGCCAGGAUGCCAAUUCCAACGAGGAGCUAGUGGUGGAUUUUGCCAGCGAAACGGAGGCUGAUACAGAGGAGAAGAAGACGGAGGAAGAGCUGUAUGCCACGAUAGCCCCUCCACAGGAGGAAAAGGAGAAGGAGAAGGAGAAGGAGAAGGAAAAGGGAGGCAGUGCAGCAGCCACAACGGCCAAGGAAUCCCGACAGGUGCCAUGCAUCAAGUGCCGCGACAUAGCCAUCAAAUUGAGAACCAUAAACGAUUAUGCGCUCAACUCGAAUCUGCACCUGAACCACAGCAGCCGACUAAAUAACCUGCAGCACAGCAGCAAGCUGCUCCACAACAACAAUCCGAUUAAUCCGAGCAGAAUGCACGCCCACCAGCUGGACUCCUACCUGGGCGGAGUGGGCGGUGUGAUGAAUCUCGGAGGCAUGGGUGGCAUGGGAGGCAUGGCCCCCAUGGACCAGAUGCACCAUCCGGGGAGCGUUUCCGGCAGCGAAAGACCCAACGGAGGAGCUCUGGCCCUUCACUAUGCCGCCGCACGUGGCUGCCUCGAUUGCGUCCAACUGCUGGUCGCCGCAUCCGUGGAUAUUUGCUACUUCUCCACGAUCAACGUUAAGAAGGGCCUCCUCGGCCGCAUGACCACCAGUCUGACCUCCUACCGCCGCAGCAAGCAGAAGUCCAAGUCGAACAAUGACAUCCACACGAUCAUCGCCACCGAGGUGGUGACUUCCGCCAUCCUGAGCAGCAGUGUCCACGGCAGCAGCAGCAGCACAAGCACAGUUUCGGAGAUCGAGGAGGCUCAGACCACGAACACGAAGGCCACUCCUCCGCUCAUCGAGGAGGCAGCAGCCCAGGAGGAUCCCCACCACCAGGAUAGCCAAACCCCCGGCCAAAUGGACCAGACGCACCACCACCAUAUGCGCAAGGCGGAGGCGGUGCGCCAGCAGAUGGCCAACGAGGACGACGAGGAGGAUCGCGACUCCAACGAGGAUGACGAGGCCACGCCCAUGAUGAGCGGCGUGGGGCGCAAGGAGCAGAACAACCGACGCAGCGUCGUCAGCGCCAAUACGCAAAUGGACAACGAUGUCACGCCCGUUUACCUGGCGGCGCAGGAGGGCCACUUGGAGGUGCUUAAGUUUCUGGUGCUCGAGGCCGGCGGCUCUUUGUACGUCCGCGCACGCGACGGCAUGGCACCGAUCCAUGCCGCUUCACAAAUGGGCUGCUUGGAUUGCCUCAAAUGGAUGGUCCAGGAUCAGGGAGUGGAUCCCAAUUUGCGAGAUGGGGAUGGAGCCACGCCCCUGCACUUUGCCGCCUCCCGGGGUCACCUGUCCGUCGUCCGCUGGCUGCUCAACCAUGGAGCGAAACUGUCCCUGGACAAAUAUGGCAAGUCGCCUAUCAACGAUGCGGCCGAAAAUCAGCAGGUUGAGUGCCUGAAUGUCCUGGUCCAGCAUGGCACUUCGGUGGACUACAAUGGCAAGAGCAGCAGCUCGCAGCGGCACAAGUCGCAGCAGCAACUGCAGCACCACCACCAGCAACAUCAGCAGCAGCAGCAGCAACACCUGAGCAGCAGCUGCAACUCGAACUCGAACUCCUCGAAGCAGACCAGUCGCAGCAAUACGAUCAAGUCCAAGUCCUCCUCCACCCUGAGCUCCGAUGUGGAGCCCUUCUAUCUGCAUCCGCCGGCCAUAGCAGCUGGAGGAUCGGGAAUGGGCAUGGGCAUGGCCAUGAGCAUGGGCAUGGGCAUGGGAAUGGGCAUGGGCAUGGGGAUAUCGAGGAAAAACAGCGAUGCCCUGUACUCGCAGCAAUCGCGGAGUUCCUCCGAGAAGCUAUACAAUGGUUCGUCCUCCCUGGGCGGCAAUCCGGGUGGCAACAGUUCUUCCGGCGGAGGAGGAGGAGGAGGCGGCGGAGGAGGAGGAACGGCCAUGCUGCCCAACGAUGGGCUGUAUGUGAAUCCCAUGCGGAAUGGAGGGAUGUACAAUACGCCCUCGCCGAAUGGCAGCAUCUCCGGGGAGUCGUUCUUCCUGCACGAUCCGCAGGACAUCAUCUACAACCGGGUGAGGGAUCUCUUCGUGGACUCCGAUUGCAGCAGCAGUGUGAAGCAGCAUGGUGGUAAGAGCCACGCACACGCCCACUCCCACAGCCAGCUGCUCCAAGCGAAGGCGGGCAAUGCGAUGACCAUCCAGGCCGAUGUCCAUUCCAGUUCGAGUGGCGCGGGCAGUGGCUCCGACGAGUCGGUGUCCAUCUCGUCCAGCUUCAACUCGCCGAAGCAGCAGCAGCAGCUGCGCAGCCAGAGCUUCAAUCGCCACGGCAGCAGCAGCAACAUCAGCGGAGGCGGCGGCAACAUCAAGAGCGGCAGCAACUACAAGCUAAGCAAGGGCCUGAUGGCGAGCAAUAAUCACUCCCAAAAUAAUCAGAAUGGCGGCGGGGAUCAUGACUACGAGGACAUCUACCUGGUGCGCGAGGAGUCGCGGAAGCAGCACCAACAGCAGCAGCAGCAGCAACAUCAGUUGCAGCAGCAACAGCAGCAGUUGCAACUGCAGGCCGUGCAGCAGCAGCAGCAGCAUAAAUACAACGUGGGACGCUCGCGGUCGAGGGACAGUGGCUCCCAUUCGCGUUCGGCCAGCGCCAGUUCCACCAGGAGCACGGACAUUGUGCUGCAGUACAGCAAUCAUCACUUGAACAACAAGCGCAACAUGAACAACAGCAGCAACAUCAACAACAGCAGCAGCAAUAUCGCACUCAACAACAACAGCAACAACAGUCUGCUGAAUCGCAAUAAAUCGCAUUCGAUCAUCGGCUUGCAUAGCAGCAAGUACGAGUCCUCGCUGAAGGACAACUACAGUGCGAAGAACGUGAAUCUGAAGAAUCAGCUGCUCAACGGCGGCAUCAAGAGCGACACCUACGAGUCCGUCUGUCCGCCGGAGGACGUGGCCGAGCGGACCAAGCAGACGCACAAGAACUCCAUGAUCCGCAACAACCUGGCAGAUGCCUCGAUCGGCAACAGCAACAUGAGCAACAACAACAGCGGCAGCAUCAGCAACAUCAGCAACAUGAACGGCGGCAAUCAGAGCAGCAGGAAUCUCAAGCGGGUCUCCUCGGCGCCACCCAUGCAAAAUUUGGCAGUGGUCAAUGGACCACCUCCACCUCCGUUGCCGCCACCAUUAAGGGCACCCGUUCAGCAGCAACGCAACAACUUGAACUCAGAGCAGCCGAACAAUAUGAACAACAACAACAACAACAGCAGCAACAACAACAAUGGCAUCUACAAGAAGAAUGUCUUUGGAUCGAAUCCGAUUCCAACCACUGCCAAUGGAGCAGGUGGCGGAGCAGCUCCUCCCCCAGUUCCCAAUCCCAAUCCCGUGGCCACAGAAGCCGCCGACUCGGAUUCCGGACUCGAGGUGGUCGAGGAGCCGAGCCUGAGGCCAUCGGAACUGGUGCGCGGCAAUCAUAAUCGCACCAUGUCCACCAUAUCGGCGAACAAGAAAGCCAAGCUGCUCAAUGCCAGCAGCCCAAAUGGAGUUAAUGCUGCAGUUAAUCCGGAGGAUUCCCCAUCGCCUGGAAGUGGUAAUGGAAAUGGGAAUGAUAAUAACCAUUUCUAUGGGUACUCAGAGGGUCCGAAGGGAGGAAAUCAGAGGAGCCAUGUGAAUGGCAAUGGGAACUACCAGCAGCCGCAGCAUUACCAACAGCCCACUGGUCAGCCCCAUCAGUACACCCCUAAUUUGUACGAGGACCACUACGAGCUCAGCCAGCAGCAGCACCAGCAGAUCUACGGGGAGAGCCACUUGGCCAACGGAGGAGGAGGACAGCGGACCGGCGGACCCAAUCUGGUCAACAAGCAGCUCGUGCUGCCGUUUGUGCCGCCCAGUUUUCCCAAUAAAUCACAAGACGGCGUCACGCAUCUCAUCAAGCCGUCCGAGUAUCUCAAGAGCAUCAGCAUCGACAAGCGUUCGUGUCCAUCCUCCGCCCGCUCCACGGACACGGAGGACUACAUGCAGAUACAGAUCGCCCAGCAGCAGCAGGUGCACCACUCGCAGCUCCACUCGCAGCAUCCGCAGUCGCAUCCGCAUCCACAUCCCACACAUCCGCACCAUCCCCAUCCCCAUCCGCACCAUCAGCACCCCCACCAGCUGCAUGGAAUGGGCGAGCAGCCCCCUCUGCCUCCUCCGCCACCGCCGCUGCCCCACGGAAUGCUGCCGCCGCAGCCGCCGAUGGGUCCGCCGAUGGGCGGGGGCGUAGGCGGGGGCGGGGCCGGUGGCCAGGAUGCCACCAUCUCCGGCAAGUCGCACAAGCCCAAGAAGCCGCAUGGCUCGGCGCCCAACAGCCAGGACACGGCCUCCAGGAAGCAGCACCAGCCACUGUCGGCCAUCUCCAUUCAGGAUCUGAACAGCGUCCAGCUGCGCCGCACGGACACGCAGAAGGUGCCGAAGCCCUACCAGAUGCCCGCGCGCAGCCUGAGCAUGCAGUGCCUGACCUCCAGCACGGACACCUAUCUCAAGUCCGACCUGAUUGCCGAGCUGAAGAUCUCCAAGGACAUACCCGGCAUCAAGAAGAUGAAGGUGGAACAGCAGAUGGCCAGUCGGAUGGACUCGGAGCACUACAUGGAGAUCACCAAGCAGUUCUCGGGCAACAACUACGUGGAUCAGAUACCGGAACGGGACCAGGCCGGCAACGCCAUACCCGACUGGAAGCGCCAGAUGAUGGCCAAGAAGGCGGCCGAGCGGGCCAAGAAGGACUUCGAGGAGCGCAUGGCCCAGGAGGCGGAGUCGCGCCGCCUCUCCCAGAUUCCCCAAUGGAAGCGAGACCUACUGGCUCGGCGCGAGGAGACGGAGAACAAGCUGAAGGCGGCCAUCUACACGCCCAAGGUGGAGGAGAACAACCGGGUGGCGGACACCUGGCGGCUGAAGAACCGCGCCAUGUCCAUCGACAACAUCAACAUCAAUCUGGCCGGCAUGGAGCAGCACUACCAGCAGAUCCAGUUCCAGCAGCAGCAGCAUCAGCAGCAGCUCCUGCAGUUGGGCAACAAGGAGAACCAUGGCGAUCCGAAGCUGGCCAGUCAGGAGGAUCAGGAGCAGGGCGGCGGUGGAGUCCAGGAGCUACUCGAACCAUCGGAGGGCAGUCAGGGAAGAGGAGGCGAGGAGGAGCAGGAGGACAACAUCAUCCCGUGGCGCGCCCAGCUGCGCAAGACCAACAGUCGCCUCAGCCUGAUCUAAAUGCGAUCUAAAUUACGAUCUUAAAUACGAUGUAGAGCCCAGAAGAAACCCAUCCUAUCACUCGAUUUUUUUUUGUUUUUUUUUUCGAUUAACCUAAAGCAUGUGCAAUUAUAACAGGAGAAAUAGAAGCCCAUAAAAACUAAGUCUAAGUUCUAGCUACUUACAUUGUACUAUAUGCAUUAUCAUAACCCCUAUUAUUACUAUUAUUACACCUAAUUGUACUCGAUGUGUUUUUUUUUUUUAAUUUGGCAAAAAGAAUAUUAUUAUUAUUGUUAUUCCUAGGGGGCAGUAUCGCAUGGCGAAACAAGCGUAUAUAUCUAAUCUUAGCUGCUGUCCUUGAGUUCUAUUUCGGUGUUGUAUUUUUAUUUUUAUCAUUUUUACUCUCCAUUAUUUGACUAUUUUUUUUUGCGACUCGGCUUGAAUUUACUAAGUAAUGGCAUUAAUUUAAUUGUCUCGGUUAAGCAUUUUUUUAUUGUUAUUUGUUUUUAUAUACGCGGCUCAAACAAUAUUAUU